AUGCAACAACUUGACUCGACACAAUGGUCUGCCAUGCCAUCACUCAAGAGAACAAACACUCACGGUGAAUCUUUUCAUCGGCAAUCUCAUGCCACCGAGGCAGAUGAACACCAUAGAUUAGAUUAUGUCCUCUCGCUGCUCUAUCCUUCUACAGUCCGUGUCCAACACUCACAUCCGAUUUUCGGCCACAUUCAUUCGCUACGACUUCUGACUCUAUCGAAUGGAGCUCAUUUGUUGCUAAAGGGAUCUCCAUCCUCAAGAACCGCCCUCCUUCGACGUGAGCGGUUGUUUCUCGAAACCGAAGCCCAGUUCCUUGCUCUUCUAGGGCAAAGUGCAAACCCGUGUAUCCCCCAGCUCUAUCAUUAUGAUCCUCAUGGAAGCCAUUGGGGAUCUGCCUACUUGAUCCGGCAGUACAUGAAAGGGAAAAGUCUGUCAGAGAUGGAAGGUGAGCUCACUCCCGAGCAGCGAGAUGGUAUCGAUCGCCACUUGGGCUUCUUGGUGAGCACCAUCGGUCAAAAUGCAGCACCUGGGUUUGGGUCUUUACAGCAAGUCGCAUUUGGCGCUGGAAAAACCUCCUGGCGGGAAGCCUUUUGUGCCAUGUUUGAAGGCGUCCUUCGCGACGCCGAGGACAUGUUCAUCCACCUCCCUUACUCGGAGAUCCGACACGAACUGAGUCGCCUGGCACCUGCCCUUGAAGAUGUAUCUCUGCCACGUCUUGUAGUCGUGGACUUUGGUCGACCAUCUCAUGUUUUGGUGAACGAAGAGUCUGGACAGUUGUCUGGCAUUGUGGACUUUAGCAGUGCCCUGUGGGGCGAUGUGUUGAUGGCAGAGAUCUUCGCAAAUGCAUCGCCGGCGGUGUUGCAGGGAGCAGGCAUGGCGAUGUCUAGGACAGAGGAGGAAAAUAUCCGGUUGGUCUUGUAUGCGUGCUACCGACUAGUGUCCCAAAUCACUGUCCAAUAUUAUCGAAACCGAGAUGAGACGAGCGAAUUUGAUGCGCGGAGACGAUUGACAACGACAAUUGCGGAAAUGACGAGGCUUAAACUGGAAUAA